AUGAGUACCUCCGCAUUCGUUGGCUCGCCGCCUGCAACUGAGGAUGAUCUUCACAUUGUGAAAGGCGUACUGCGCAUGUAUGGCCUGGAAAAUUUCAAUGCGAGUUUAGGUCUCACGUUCUCUAUCCAAAAGCCUGAGAAUCCACCUGUCGAAACCAAGGUCCCAGAGAUUCUUGCGGGAAUGGUCAUUGUUAUCGUGGCCAUUGUUGUACCGACAGUAGCGAGGAUCCUCAUUCGAUCAAGAGGAGCAAGAACACAAUUUGGAGCCGAUGACUGGGCUAUCAUUUGCGCUGCGUCUUUGGCAGUCGUCUACCCGAUUCUCUGUAUAGUAAUGCUCUUCCAGACGGGUGCUGGUCGACAUACUUACGAAAGCACCUACGAAGAGUACAACCUUUACAUGUACUACUUGACAGUGUGCAAGAUCAUAUUCUAUAUUGCUGUUGGUCUCAUCAAGGUAUCCAUCACUUUGUUUGUCCGCCGCCUUGCCGACAGAGCCUCGAGAAAAUGGAAGUUGUUUGCAGACAUGUUCUUGGGAACAGUCAUCAUUUACCUUCUACUCGCCAUUUUCUUUCUUUUACUCGCACCAAUCAUCAUGCUAUGGUAUGUCAAGAUCAACACUGGCAAGAAAGCACGUCUCUUCUUUAUCUGGCUCGUGGGCGGUACGACAGUCCUGGGUGGUCUACUCCAGCAGACAAUGAUUACCAUCACCAACGACUCCUGCUGGCAAUACACAUCCGCGAUGCGCUGGACGGUCAUGGAUUUGACUUUUGGCACUCUGGCUGCCUCUUUACCGGUGCUGGACGCGGCUAUAAUGGGUACAUGGACCUCCAUCAAGACCAAGAUCGGCACGUCUCGGUCGCACUCACGAUCUCGAACACAGGGAUGGACGGAUUUAGAAAACGAUACAAGGAAUACCACGACAGUCAGGACUAUGCGACGGGACUCGGUCACGGACUCGGAGUCAAUGGAGAAUAUGAGAGGUCAGGACAAGGGUAUGGAAAUGGGAAUCCUCCGUACGGAUGAAGUGGAACUAACGUACGAUGAGGAGACUGCAUCGAAAAUUUCUCAUACAAGGUAG